CCCGCGCUCCGAGGGGCAGCAUGGGCGGCCGGCCCGGCGGCGGCGCCUUGGUGCUGGUGCUGGUGCUGCUGUGCGCCGGCGGGGCGCGGGGCAAACCCACCUUCAGGAAGGACCGGGUCGUGCACCCCGAGCCCGAGCUGGGCGAGCGGCCGCACGAGGACAACCAGAGCUUCCAGUACGACCACGAGGCCUUCCUGGGCAAGGAGGAAGCCAAGACGUUUGACCAGCUCACGCCGGAGGAGAGCAAGGAGAAGCUGGGGAAAAUUGUUGAUAGAAUAGAUGAUGACAAAGAUGGUUAUGUCACACCAGAGGAGUUGAAAAACUGGAUUAAACGAGUGCAGAAACGCUACAUCUAUGAAAAUGUAGCGAAAGUCUGGAAAGAUUACGACCUGAACAAAGAUAAUAAAAUUUCCUGGGAAGAAUACAAACAAGCUACAUAUGGUUAUUAUCUAGAAAAUCCAGAAGAAUUUCAAGAUGCGACUGAUCAACACAAUUUUAAAAAAAUGCUUCCCAGGGAUGAGAGGCGAUUCAAAACUGCAGACCUGGAUGGAGACUCAGCUGCCACACGUGAGGAGUUCACAGCUUUCCUUCACCCAGAGGAGUUUGAGCAUAUGAAAGACAUAGUUGUCUUGGAAACGCUGCAAGAUAUUGACAAAAAUGAGGAUGGAUUUGUGGAUCAAGAUGAGUACAUCGCUGAUAUGUUUGCAAAUGAGGAGGGUGGACCAGAACCUGACUGGGUAGUUACUGAACGUGAGCAGUUUUCAGAUUUCCGGGAUCUAAACAAGGAUGGAAAAAUGGACAAAGAAGAGAUUCGGCACUGGAUUCUCCCACAAGACUAUGAUCAUGCACAAGCUGAAGCCAGGCACUUAGUCUAUGAAUCAGAUGUAGACAAGGAUCAAAAGUUAACCAAAGAGGAGAUUCUAGACAACUGGAACAUGUUUGUUGGAAGCCAAGCUACCAAUUAUGGGGAAGACCUCACAAAAAACCACGACGAACUAUGAUAUUAUUUACAAUUUAGUAUGCCACAGACUGUUGUUCAGUUUCUUUCCACAUCAGGGAAGUUACUAAAGGUUCUUUGGCUGAAUAAUUUGCACCAAUACGUUUUAAAGAAAGCAGUUUAUUACCUCAGAACUUGGGUAAAAAUAGCCUUUUGCUCUUUAUGCACCAUUAAAUGCAAUAGUUAGUCACUAUAAUUUUAUUUGGAAGGUCAGAAACCCACCCUCCACCCCCCUCCCCUUUUCUGAAUAGACUGCAGUAAAAUUUGGGGAAUGUACAUCUAAGACUCAGCUCUUAGGAUCCUUAGAAGUAUUAUUUUUUUACAUUUUCUUUUAAUAGCUCAGGUUUUUACUGUAGGGAAAUACAGCUAGGAUCAGAAAGAAACUUAUUGAAGUGUUUAAACAGAUUCCAAGUUAUUUUGUCUUUUUUUAUUAAUAGUACAUAAACAUUUAGAACUAUGCUCUCCCCUUCCCUUGUAAAGGGGAGAUCUUACCUGACAAGAUCCAUUACAUUUUUUUCCAGAUGCUACAUCCUUCCCUCCUGGUAGGGGCAGAGUUACCAAAUGACUAAGAUCUUGUGAUGUACAGACAUAUUCACUAGCCCACUGGAUCUGAGCCACACAAGUGUAACACAGAUAAUCACUACACCCUUUACUCCCCUUAACCAAGCAUUAGCAGUACAUCUGCCAUGUUGGAUGACAUGCAGUGGUUGAGUCUCUUGAUGAAGGCUACCGAUCCCAUGAUAAUAGUUACUGCUACUGAGAACAGAGGUUGUCCUGUUGCUUGUGAUCUAUUGGUUAUGCUAUUUCCUGGGAUGAAUUAUGCUAUAUAGAGCAUAUUUAUUCCAUGCUUCCUUGCACUUUAUCCAAAUCUCACACUAUUUUGACUAUGUAGGACUUUGCUGACUUGUUCACAUAGUAUGAAUACUGGCAGUUCUGUGAUGCAAAAGGAACAGGACACAUUUCCCCCCAACCCUAGAUUCAGAAUUAAGGGCCUGUGCAUGUUCUGAGUUCUCUUCCACAUAGGAAGAGGAAGUAUAUGGCUAAGAGUUUUGGCUUUGUGUAUACAUAUAGAUAUAGGUUAUCAAACCAUACUAUAUGUAAUAGUUUUUUUCUCUAAAAGGAAAAAAAAACACUUCCAUCCGGCUACAUUUUCUUACUGUAUAAUAUGAGUUUUUACUGAUCUAUUUUUACUUAAACAACUUAUGCAAUUUUUUUCCUGUACUGACUUGACUAUGAUCAUAAUAAAAUAAUGACUUUCUUUUUGAUACUA